AUGGCGGUCGCAGUGGCUAAGGAGGAGAUGGACUACAUGAUCAAGCCUGAGGCAGGUGCCUCUAAAAUCGAUACGUCGGAGUGGCCGCUUCUUCUGAAGAAUUAUGACAAGCUGCUUGUCAGGACCGGUCACUUCACGCCGAUUCCCGCCGGUAGCACUCCUUUGAAGCGUGACCUGAAGUCGUACAUCAACUCCGGUGUCAUCAACUUGGACAAGCCAUCCAAUCCUUCCAGUCACGAAGUUGUUGCCUGGAUGAAGAGGAUCCUGAGGGCGGAGAAGACUGGGCACAGUGGAACUCUCGAUCCUAAGGUCACCGGUUGCUUGAUUGUCUGCAUUGACCGUGCUACUCGCCUGGUGAAGUCCCAACAAGGUGCCGGAAAGGAAUAUGUUUGCGUGAUCCGCCUUCAUGACAAGAUCCCCGGUGGAGAGGCACAGUUCAAGCGGGCCCUCGAGACGUUGACCGGAGCCCUUUUCCAGCGGCCGCCAUUGAUCUCUGCCGUCAAGCGCCAGCUUCGUAUCCGGACAAUCCACGAGAGUAAGCUUUACGAAUUCGACAAUGAGAGGCAUCUCGGUGUCUUCUGGGUUAGCUGCGAAGCCGGAACGUACAUCAGAACACUCUGUGUUCACUUGGGUCUCCUGCUUGGUGUUGGUGCGCACAUGCAGGAACUCCGCCGUGUACGGAGUGGUGCUAUGGAUGAGAACAGUGGAAUGGUCACCUUGCACGACGUGUUGGACGCCCAAUGGAUGUAUGACAACCAACGGGACGAGUCUUAUCUGAGGAAGGUUAUUAAGCCUCUGGAGACCCUCCUCACGACAUACAAACGUAUUGUUGUCAAAGACAGUGCCGUUAACGCUGUGUGCUAUGGUGCUAAGCUCAUGGUCCCUGGUCUCCUCCGCUUUGGUAGGAUUUCCUCUCCCAUGUUGAUGCAAGCUGGUAUUGAGGUCAAUGAGGAGGUCGUCCUCAUGACCACCAAGGGUGAGGCUAUUGCCAUUGGUAUUGCUCAGAUGUCGACUGUCGAGCUGUCUACCUGCGACCACGGCGUUGUUGCCAAGGUCAAGCGUUGUAUCAUGGAGCGCGACUUGUACCCUCGCCGCUGGGGCUUGGGACCUGUUGCUCUAGAGAAGAAGAAGCUCAAGUCCGCAGGAAAGCUGGAUAAGUACGGCCGUACUAACGAUGCCACACCCGCCAAGUGGAAGAACGACUACAAGGAUUACAGCGCCCCUGAAGAAAGUGCGCAGGCCGUGACCGAAUCUACUGCUCAAGAAGAAACCUCUACUCCUGCCGAGCCGACCGAAGUGCCCUCAUCCCCCGACAACAAGAUGGAUGUCGAUGAUGAGAAAGACGACGAUGAGAAGAAGAAGCGCAAGCGCCACGAGGGAGAGACGCCCGAGGAGCGCGCUGAGCGCAAGCGCAAGAAGAAGGAGAAGAAGGAGAAGAAGGAGCGCAGGAAGUCUAAGCAGGAGAAGGAAGAGAGUGAUGACAGUGAUUAA